AUGCAUGAAAAGCCAAAUAGUGUAAAAUUAAAGUUAAGUUUAAAAAAAACUGAAGAUCAUGAUAGACUACAUAAACCAACCAGACUACGGAUAAAACCAAUUAGGGUCCCAGGAGAGGGGUAUGAUUCUGAGGAUUCCGAAAUUGAAGAUGAUCCAUUAAUUGAAGAGGGUGUUAUUCUUCGUGUGGUCCCUGAUAUUCAAGCAGAAUUUGUUAAAAACUCAAUAGAUUCCGGUGAUUAUUCUGGUGUUAGUAUUAAGUGGAAAGGCCAAAAUCAUGCAAUUGUUUAUAUUAAUGGAUUUAAAUAUGGUGCCAUUUUGGUUAAUCUACCGACUAUCCUGGAAGUUAAUAAAAGUGUUGACCGUAAAAAUUUAUUGAAGACAUUCGAUGUUUGUCAAAUGCUACUUUGUAUCAAAAUGAUUAAUGAAGAGGAGGAAGUUUUUGAAUUAACUUCAGAACAUACCGAAGAUUUGGUGUCUAAAUUCUUUGAAGAUUACCAAAACGAAAUUGAUCAAAAUAAAUUAAAAUUCUUUCAUGGGUACAACGGUGGCCCAUUGACUGAUGCAGAAACUAAAUAUACAAAAGAGAUUGCGCUGAAACAAUAUGAUUAUAGGCAUGGUAUCACACCUGCUUUAUAUAAUGUUAGAAAUAGGAGAUUUAGAAGAAAAAUGAAUCCUACUGAGUUUGAUUAUAUUGAAAAAGUUGUUGAAUCAUUAAUUCUAGCAGAUGAACAAGCUGAAGAAGUUAAGUUUGAAUUAGUCUCCGAAAGUGAAAUAUCCAAAAGGUCAACUCCAAUUGUAAAUUCAGGUAUUCAAAUACAUAACCUUAACUUUUCUACAAACCACGACAUAGAUAUGGAAGAUGAAAAAGACGAUGAUGACUUAGAUCUCGAUCAAGCAUUUGAGAGUGACGACGAAGAAAAAGACACUAGUAAAACUAGUAUAAAUGCCAGUGCUACUAUAGAUCAUAAUGAAAAGGACGCAAUUAAUAAUAACGAAGGCACAACUGACAAUAUCAUUAAUGGUAUAAAAAGCAAUGGAAAACUAGAUGAGAUGGGUGAUGAUGUUGAACAAUACAAUGGUGAAGAAGAAGAAGACGAUGACGAUGACGAAGAAGGAGAUGACGAAGAAGAAGAUAAUGGCGAGGGUAAUGAGAAGGAGGAAAUUGAUGAAAAUAGACAACAUAAUGCAUUAUUAAAAGAUGAAUUAAACGAUUUAGAAGGUAUCCUAGAACAUACUAAACAAAAACUGCACUCAGCUACCAACCCUUUAUUAAAAUCAAGAUUUAUUGAUAACAUUAAGAAACUAGAAAAAGAAGUAGAAUUAAAGAGAAAGCAAUUGAUGAUUAGUGAUGAAAUGUUGAAUAAACAAGACAAAGAUAUGGAAGAUGAAGAUGGUGACGAGGAUGAAGAAGAAGAAGAAGAGGAAGAAGAGGAAGAAGAAGAAGAAGAAGAAGAAGAUCAACAACAAAACACAGAACAAGGUCAAACAGAUGCGAUAGAUGAAGAUCAAAUCACAAACGCUAUUAUGGCUGGAGAAAUACCCGAUGAGGAGGCACUGGACCAGAAUGAUCUUGACAUGAUGAUGCUGUUUGGUGCAGAAGGUGACGAUGGGGAUGAGUAA